AUGGCUAAAAGCUCUUUGAAAAUCUUCAUUCUGUCUGAUUACAGUAAUGAAGAUACAGUAGCUGUCUCAUGGGAAACUAAUGAAGGCUGUUUGUUAUGGCUGAUAUCCAGCUACAUGGCGCAUGACCACGGGGAGCAUCCACCAAACGAUGAUAUCCGUAGUGCUGUGAAAAAGGCGAAUGAGUCCAGGAUACCUUUGGUUAUCUGUGCUGACGCUAACUCGCAGCAUAGCAGCGACACCAACACAAGAGGUGAGAGUCUUUUCAGUUUCAUACUUAAUAGUAGUUUGGAAGUAGUUAAUAGAGGUUCAGAACCUACCUUCAUUGUUUCAAACAGAAGUGAGGUACUAGACUUAACACUUGUGAGUGCUGAGCACCACAGUAUGAUUAACAAUUGGGCUGUCUCCGACGACUGCUCUUUUUCUGAUCAUCUAUAUAUUGAUUUCAAUAUCAGUGUAACUUAUGGGAGUGAUAAUACCAUUCUAAAUAGGAGGAAGACCAAUUGGGAGUUGCAGAGUGAUGUACUCUCCCGGUCUCUACCAAACCCGCCCACUAUUGAAAAUAGGGACGAUAUUGAGGUAGCAGUUGAGGCACUUACAGAAGCGUUACAAUCAGCUACUAAUUUGGCCUGUAAGCCGAAUAUCUGCAGGGGUAGGAAUAAGCCACCCUGGUGGAACCCUGAGAUUGCACACGCAAGAAGGGCGUGUCGUAAAUUGUUCAACGAGGCAAAGAGGCUGGGUAACUGGCCGGAAUAUAAGUCCUCAGUGAACCACUUUAAGAACCUUACGAGGAAUGCGAAAAGGAAAGCCUGGAGGGACUUCUGUAGCGGCGUGGAAGGAUCCUCUGAGACUAACCGAUUACGUAAAAUUAUAUCAACUUCACCGGUUGUACCAAGCUAUAUCCAGAAACCCUGUGGUAGAUGGAAUCUGAAUAGUAAGGAAACACUUGAGGUCCUAUUAGAUACUCAUUUUCCAGGUUGCCUUCCAGUCGAUGAUGAGACUAUGAAUGGGGCUGCCGAUUCUGUUGCUCCGGCAUCAUCUUCUCUUGGUGGAUUUGUUGAUGGUUGUUAG